AUGGACUAUAUAGGGAGUGACCCUGGGGUUUCGAUGCUUCCCAAUGAUGGACACAGCCGGGGACCGCCCGAAAAUCAGCUCCACCAGUGGUACGCAGGAAAUGACGGGCCUUGGAAUCCAAUUACAAGGCUUAUCACAGAUUCAACCGCAGAUUCCAUGUCAAAGCAGACAUUCAAUCGCGAUCCGAGCUCGUACUCAGGGCACUAUCGUCAGCAAAAUCCAGUGGAGUCAUUGAAUUUCCAGUUUGGAGUACCAAAUUCGGAUUCCGAUUAUGGGACGCGCCGUAGUGUCGCAAACAUAUCCGUGUUUACUGCGGAUGUCCAUGAGAGAGAUCAAGAUACUUAUAGCUCGGUCACUUCCGUGCCCGACUUCCACUCAUUCCACGGAUAUGGUAAUAGCCGAACCUCAACCUCAUGGACGUCUCCAAAUUCGCACGUAGCUGAAUCUCCUGCUCUUAUUUGCCCUACUUGCGACAAAUUCGUCAAGACAAAUUCAGAACUCAAGAAACAUGAUCUACGACACCGCAGGCCUUUCAUCUGUUCAGUCCCUGGAUGUGCUCGUAAAGAUGGCUUCAGUACCACCAACGACCUCGACAGACAUAUCAAAAGCAAGCACCCAUCGAAUAUCCAGGAGAAUGCAUCGAAUAAGAGGUUCCGUUGUCGUGUGCCGGGGUGCAAAUCUAAGGAGAAAACAUGGCCGCGACUGGAUAAUUUCAGGAGCCACCUAAAGAGAGUGCAUGGAAACUGCCUGAGAAGUGGCGGUGAAUUUGACGAUAUGGUCCGGCGCGCUGAGUUCUUUGAGAGGUCAGGUCUCCAUUCGGACCAAGAGGUGAUAGCCGAACAGCAUCAACUUUCUGAAAUCGUUCAGCCACCACAGCCUGUGAUGCAGGAAAGUUUUGCCAGACGCACGAGAGCUGAAUGGAAUCACCCGUGCCCGGAGAUUACUAAUCGAUUCCAAGAUCUAAUCGCCCCCGGGGGACUCCAAUUUAAUGCCUUUGAGAACCAGUCCAUGGUGCUACAACACAAAGUCGCUCAAUCCAAGGAGCCUCAAUCCGCCACUUUCGAGCCAUCGAAAGCCUUGCCGGUACUAGAUCAGCUUCCAGAGAGCAGAACGACACUUACAAGCCUCGUCCUGACCCCAUCCCAUAAUAUUAACUCUUCACUCAAAGAUCCCUCACAAGUCAGCCCCCCAAGCACGACAACUCUGGCUACCCAGGCCCCCGUCACAGACGCCAAGCUCACAGAUGUCAUCCAGCGAGCAUUAGCUGGGGCCAAAAUCUCAGAUCCAGCCACGUCCGCUCGAGCUGCGGAGCACGAGAGGAGCAGCCUGCACAGUGGGAAAAGCUAUUCCAGAGAUGCAUGGACCGCUAGCUCACAUACGGUGACGACUUACGGAGGGGAGCCUGGUCAUAUUUCUGCAGAUACUCCGUUUUUAUAUCCAAUUCAUGAAGACGAAGCCCAGAAGAAAGCCGGGAAAGUCUUGGAAAUCAUCCGCGACCAGGGAUUUACCGUUGCGAAAGACCCGAUACAUGCUCCGGAGGUGCGGAACCGAGGAUCAGCAGCGAGUAACAAAAUCGGGAGCCAGGUUACGUGUAAACAGUGUGGGAAGUUCAAGGGCCGGCCUUGCGAGCUCAGAAAACAUCUGAAGCGACACUCGCGGCCCUACGGCUGCACAUUCGCUACCUGCAGCAAGCGCUUUGGCAGCAAGAACGACUGGAAGCGCCAUGAAACUAGUCAACACCGUCUCGAAGCCUGGCGCUGCGACCUUGCCGUGCCCUUCUUUCUAAACUCCUCAUGCUCACAGGUCUUCUACCGUCGGCUAAUCUUCCUUGAGCACCUGAAGAAACAUCACGCCCUCUCCAAGGCGGAAGAUUUCAAAAAUAAAAUAAAAACAUGCAGGAUGCCAUUUUGGUGCGGGUUCUGCGUGAAGCUUGUGGGCUUCCAUCAGACAGGGCUCGAGCCAUGGGCGGAGAGAUCAGAUCACAUCGAAGAUCAUUUCAUGGGGCGGAAGGGGUGCGAAGCGAGGGAGAUCCAUGAUUGGGUCCCUGAUAAUCCGAACGAAGGGAUGGAAGAUGUGAUGUGUACGCCGUAUUUGCUGACAGAGGAGAACGGGUCCCCGACAUCUGACUCUGGGUCCGCGGUCAGCUCGCUUAGGUCUUCUCCAAGCCAAACAGGAAGCGGUACUGCGCUGCAUCUCAAAAGACACGCAGAUGCCGACGAUAUGGGCCGUCCUCCGAAGCAGCCGCGGACGAGCAAGAAUCACCAGACGGUCGUUCAGAUGUUUAGGUGGGUGGGUGGGGAGAUAAACACGGUGGGUAGGUACUAUAGUGCAGAAGUGCCAAAAGUGCAGAAAACGAAAUACUAA